AUGAAAAGUAUGACAUUAUACCAUGAAAAUUUUAAGAAUAUUAAUUCAUUUUUAAAUUCUGCUUCAGUUAUAUGGAUUGAAAAGGAAAAACUUGAUUCAAUUAUUUAUAUCCCUCUAUAUACGGAUAUAUUUCAAUAUGUUAAAAAUUUCAUAAAAAAUACAGAAAAAAAAGAAAAAAAAAAUGUCCUCACUAAAAUUUAUUUGCUUUUUGAUGAUGAUACUUAUAAUAUAGCAGUGGACAUAUCGCCCCUGUGUAAUGAUCACACGAAUAAAAUACCACUUUUAAUUUAUGAGUCUUAUCGUUUUUGGCACUUACAGUUUCUUUUUGAAAAAUUCAAGAUAAAAAGACAAAAGUUAAUUUUGAAUCCUUUCGAGAAUUUAAAAGAUAUCAUAAAUAAAAAUCGAACAUAUGAUUAUGUAUAUAUGUACACAUCUAUUUACAGUUGUGCGAAUAAUAAAUUCGAAAGACAAAGUAAAGGUGAAAAGAUCAUACAAAAUCAUAAUGAAGAAAUAACACAAGAAAUAAAUCAAAAAGGCAUUACAAAAUAUUGCACGUAUAGCAAUAAUUUUUCUACACAUUUAUCUUUACUAAAUUAUAAUAUUAAGAAUAAUAAUAAAUUAUACAAUGAUAGUAAUAUAACAAAUAAGGAACCCAAUUGGUGUGCAUUAAAAAUUAACAUUGAAAAUAUCCAAAAAAAAAGGUUUAAAAAAAUAAAUAAAAAUAAGAAACAUAAAAAUAGUAAAAUAUUAAAUAAUACCAAUAUGAUACGCUCAUUAAAUUCAUAUGUUAUUCCUUCUAAUCAUUUCGAAAAGGACAAUAAUAAAAAUAAAAAUUUAUGUAUUAUAUCGCAAAAAGAAGAAAACCUUCCUUAUCAACCAUAUAAAAAAGAAUUAAAAAAAAUGAAACCUUUGGUAUAUGAUGAAUAUGAAAUAAUUAGUACUGAUAAUGAUUCUAAUAUACUUGAAUGUGCUAAAAAACAUGAAAGUUAUAAUACAUCUUAUGAUAAUUAUAUGUGUUCUACUACUAAUAGGUGUGGUAGAUCUCCCAAAUAUGAAGGUUCUAAGAAACGUUAUGCUGAGAAUAAUUCUAGGGUGUAUAAUAGACCUCAUAGAAAAAGAAAAGAGAAGAAAACAAAAUGGUAUUAUUAUGAAGAUAGUAGUAGUAAUGAUAAAAAUUAUAAUAAUAAUAAUAAUAAUAAUAAUAAGGAUGAUGAUGAGGAGGAGGACGACGAAAAUAAUGAUGAUAAUAAUAAUGAUAAUAAUAAUAAUAAUAAUAAUAGUAAUAGUAAUAGUAAUAGUAAUAAAUGUGAUAGUCUUUUUACUUUCGAUGAAUCCUUUAACAAUAAAAAAAGAAAAACUAGCACAUGCUCUACUUAUAGUUAUAAUCAUAUGAAGAAAUACAAAGUGGAAGAGUUAGAAACUGAUGAAUGUAUUUAUGAUGACAAUUAUUAUAAUAAUAGUAAUAAUAAUAAUAAUAAUUGUUAUCCUGUUAAAGAAAUAUACAACUAUAAAUGCUCUCAACAAAUGUGUAAUAAAUUCAAAAAGGAAUGUAUUCAUACUUAUGACACAUUCAAAAAUAAAAAAGGAGAAAAAAAAAAUUCUGUUAAGAAUAGCAAGAUCUUACGUUCCUCAAUCCUUUCAUUAGAUAAUCAAAAAAUGAAUCCAUUUGAUCCUAUACAUACAUUUAAAAAUAUGUUUUGCAAAAGUGAAAAAGAAAAACUAAAUUUCAAUCAUAGUGAUAUGUCUCAUAUUUAUCAUCAUAGUGAUAUGUUUCAUAUGUAUCAUCAUAAUGAUAGUAUGGAUAAAUAUGUAAAUAAAAUUCUGAAGAAUAUUAUGAACAAAGAAAAAUCUCCUUUAAAUUGUUUAUCUAAAAAUUAUCAAAGAAUAGAAGCACUAUAUAAUAAAAAAUACAAAAUAUUUUUAAUGGAUAAUAAACAAAUUAUAAAUGGCAGAACACAUUUUAAAAAUAAUAAAAAUGAAUAUAUUUUAAGUAAUUACGAAAAAGAAAUGGGACUCUAUGAACUCUUUAAGAAAUAUAUUAAAAGAGAUGUACAAAAAGUUGAUAAUGAAAAGGAGCAGCCUCAUAAACCUUCUGAUCAAAACAUAGAAGGGAUUCAUAAUUCUACAGAGAAACAAAUUCUACAAAUUCAAAAAAGACAAGAGCACUCUUGUGUAACCGAACUAGUUGGAAUGUGCAAUAUAAAAGAUCAAGAUAUAAUAAAUGUUAAAAGUUGCGAUGAGGAUGAUAUUAUAUGUUUAUCUGAUGAACAAAAUUAUAUGAAAGAAGAAAAUGAUGUAAUAUGUAUUGAUGAUAAUAAUAACAACAUUUAUAAUGACAACAUUUAUAAGGACAACAUUUAUAAUGACAACAUUUAUAAGGACAACAUUUAUAAUAAUAAUAAUACUAUUGACCGCCACAAUAAUGGAGGUGUAUUAUUUUAUGCUUAUAAAAAAGAAGAUACAAAAGUCGUAAAACUAAAGGAAGGAGAUAGCUUAUAUAUAAAAUUCUUCAACAGUUCUGAUGACUAUGAUAAGGUAAAAAUAUUAAAACAAGAAACCAUUUUGUUUAUUUUGAUAUAUAUAAUGCAAAAUAAAGAAACGCCGACUUUAUCAGAUAUAUGUAUUUUUUCACCGGACCUAUUUUGGAACAUUUGCUUAUAUUUUAAAGAUAAUAUUAUGGAGGUUGAUCCUACUUUAGUAAAGAUACAUAAAUUUUUGUCAACGGGUAAAAGUGAAGAAAGUGGUUAUCAUAGAUACUCAUCUAAACGAAUAAAUUACUGCGAAAAAAGAAAAAGAAGAAAAAAUAGAGAACCAAUGGAAAUUAUGAAAUUAAAGGAUAAUGUAGAAUUUCUAGAUAAAUUUCUUCAAAAUGCAAAUGAAAGGAAAUUGAAUAAAUUAAAAGAAAUUCAAUCCCAGAACUUUGAAAAAUAUGAAUUACAUAGAAAUAUUAAUAGCCUAAAUAAACAACAACUGAUUAACUUAUUUAUAGAUAAAGAAUAUCAAAUUAAUCUUAUUCCAUUAACACUUUUAAAAGAAAAAUCUAGAAAUAUUAUAUAUGAAGAAAAUAUCAAAAUGAAUAUGUGUGCAUGUAUACGAGUUAUUUUUGAUAGUAUAAAAGGAAGAUGUAUAUAUGCCGCCAGCAAUAUGUAUAAACUCGAUUUUAUUUGCGAAUAUGUUGGAGACCUGUUGACAUAUAAUGAAGCUAUGAAAAGAGAAGAAAAAUAUAAAAGAAAUACAAAAAAAGGAUGUUUUAUGUUUUACUUUAAAUAUGAUAAUAAAACAUACUGUGUUGAUAGUACCAAAGAAAGUCUUCUAUAUGCAGAAAUUCAUAAUAAGAAGAUGAAAAAAAAAAAUAUUCUCAGAUCAUUUGCUAGGUUAGUAAAUCAUUCAAAAAAAAAAUCUAAUUUAAUUCCAAAAGUUUUGAAAGUCGAAAAUAAUCCUAGGCUCUUUUUCGUUGCUUCACGUGAUAUAAAAGAAGGAGAAGAAUUGCUUAUUGAUUAUGGAGAAAGGGACAAGGAGAUAAUAAAAGAUAACGAAUGGUUAAAAUUUUAA